AUGAAAUACCUGGGCCUUGUCCUGGACGGUCGCUGGAGCUUUGAAGAGUACUUCAAGCUCCUGGCCCCCCUGAUCGAGAAGGCAGUGGGUGCGAUGCACAGACUGCUGCCUAGUCUCGGGGGACCGAGGGAGGAGGUUCGCCGCCUCUAUGCUGGUGUCGUGCGAUCGAUGGCCCUCUACGGUGCGCCCGUUUGGUCACACCGACUGACGUGCGCCCGCCGCUGCAAGACUAAGAUCCUGAGUCUGCAGCGGAGAGUGUCCAUCCACAUGGUGCGAGGAUAUCGCACAAUAUCCUUCGAGGCGGCGACCCUUCUGGCGUGCUUUCCGCCGUUGGACAUCCUGACGAAGAGGGACGCGAGGGUCUACGACCGGACUCGUGCCCGUCGUCAAAGUCGCGGAAAUGCGUCCUACCCUGCCAGUACUUUCGGUGCGUUCAGGCAGCAAGAGCAGCGAAGGGCUCUCACGACGUGGUGCGCCCGUCCGCCCGAAGAUAAAAAAGAUCUAUCAGUCGAUUUAAAAAAAAAUCGCGAAGACAUUCCGUUCAUUGAAAAAGGUGAUGAAGUAGCUUAA